AGGACUUUUCAAAUAAGGUUGGCGAGGGAACAAAACACAUGAACCCAAACAAUAAAAGCCCAGACCCAAACCAGAUUAUUGUUUUAUAAAAGACCACCUUCCUAGGUCUCAAGGGUUCGUUAUUGCUGCUCUCGAACUCUUUCCCGGAAAAUAAACCGUCGCUGUUUUCAUCUUCUCCAUGGCCACUUGUAGCCAGAAAUCGGUAAAUAAAGUUUUUGCUGCUCCUCUUUUAGGUAAGCGAAAGCCGGAUGAUAAUUUGGAGACCCAAACGAUUCUGAAGAAACAUAAGGAAACAUCCGAGGAGAAGGAGACAACGAAAGAUGUUGCUGAGCAGAUGGAGUUGUUGGAGACAAAGCCUAAUUUAAUCUCAGUGAAGGAAGCUGCCGUACGAAAAAAGACUCUCUUUGUUGGCAAUAUCCCAUGCAAGACUAAAAUACCAAAUAUCAUCGAUUUCUUCAAAAAUGUUGGAGAAAUUGUUCGUGUUCAACUUAUUCUAAGCCUCAAGGGUACGCAUGUGGGCUGUGGCUUUGUUGAGUUUGCUUCUUCUAACGAAGCAGAGAAGGCACUGCAAAAGAAGAAUGGUGAAUAUUUGGGCGAUCAUAAGAUUGUUCUUGAGGAAGCUACUAAGGGAGCUAAAUAUCUUCCACCCAAGUAAAUUGACUAUGUUAUGGAGAAUUUGUUAUUGUAAUGUCUAACUUAUUGCUAGAGUUUUGAUGCCAUUACAGAAGACUAACGCUAUUGUUUUUGUUAAUUAGGUAUUGCUUAGAUCACAAGGUUUGGUAAGAGAUUUUACUCUUUGCAUCUUGAGUUUGUUAUCAAGGCCACAUUGCUUGAAAUUUUUGGUUAUACAUGGAGAGAUCACUAGGGUUUUUUAUAUUCCAGGUGCAAAGACUACCUUCGACGAGAAGGCGGCCUUCCCACAGAAGAAGAGGAGACACCUCUAGAUUCUGUUGAGGUACCUGCUCUUAUUAUCUCCAAAAUGUGUCAGGAACGCUUACUGUUUUAUAACACAGUUGUUGCCACAAAGUCCAAAGAUGACUUACUUAUUCUGGGGAUGCAUCUACUUUUUGCUGUUGUUAUGCAUUUUAACCUUUUAUCCUUCGAGUCGUGCUAACACACUUGGCUGUUUAAUUCAGGAAGUGCUCUUUGUUGCCAAUCUCUCUCCCCAAACUAAAUUAUUACAUGUGUAAGUAGCACCU